AUGACAGAGAACGAGAGAACGCUCCACCAUCUGCUUACAUCUCAACGUGUAACACAUUUCUCUCCCCCCGGCGUCUCCAUCUCGCUCCAUCCGCUCGAUCUCCUGGAGGUCUCAAUGCUCCCGCCUUUCUGCAGGUCUCAUGUGAUCGCACAGUUUUUCUGCGACGUCCCGUCUGUCAUAAGACUCUCUUGCUCUAAAACGUAUGCAGCCUUCAAGCUGGUCCAGGCUACGCUGCUACUCCUGGUCUUCCAGGCAGCCCUGACGGGUAAUCCCCUUAUCAUCGCCAUCACCACCCUCAUCCGGCAACUCCACACUUCCAUCUACUUCUUCCUCAGGAACCGCGUCGAGCCGUCCUACGACCGCUGCGCUGCCAUCUGCUUCCCCCUGACCUACGAUAUCGUCCUGGCUCGAGGGGCCUGUGGGAAGAUGGCCACCGCCUCCUGGUUCGGCGGGGGCCUGUAUGCAAUCACCUGCUCCGGGAAUCACAACGUCAUUGACGCCACUGUGAUUUUGGGGGCAGCCUUAUGUGUCGUCUGCCCCAUUUCCAUCGUCAUCUUGUGCGCACACAUCUUCCGGGUCGUUUUGAGUAUUUCGGCUGCCGAGGGCUGGGCCAAAGCCUUCUCCACCUGCCUACCUCCCCUCGGCGUCGUCACUGUUUUCCUCUCUAAUAGAAUAUUUGUCUACGUCAAGCCGCCCGCAGACUCCUCCUUUAUCGUGGACCUGCUGGUUUCUGUGUUCUAUAUGGUGGUGACCCCCUCCCUGAACCUCCUCAUCUACAGCCUGAGGAACCAGAACAUGAAUGCCGCCAUGGGCAGGAUCCAGAAAGGGAACAUUUGGGAAGCUGGGAUGCAGAUGCUGCUGUUUCCACGGGAACCCCAAGGGCUCAAACCAUCACUGAUGCUGCAAGGGACCGGGCCUUUGUCUCGCAGGAACCUCAGGAACCACGUGAACAGAGAGCUGUUCGUCCUCAAGGCCAUGUCUUACGAUCGCUACGCUGCCAUCUGA